CCCCUGCUGCCGAGAGGCUGAGAUACAUUCUGGGAGAAGACGAUGAUGGCCCAACUCCAACACUUUUCACAGAGAUGGAUACUCUGCAGUAUGAUGGAGUUGAGUUAGAAUGGAAGGAAUCUGCCAGAUGGGUAAAAUUUGAAGAGAAAGUAGAGGAAGGAGGCGAGAGAUGGAGUAAGCCCCAUGUGUCUACGUUAUCUCUGCACAGUCUGUUUGAGCUGCGGACAUGUCUCCAGACAGAGACUGUACUGUUAGAUUUGGAUGGAUACUCAUUGCCACAGAUCAUAGAUGAUAUCAUUGACAAGCAAAUAGAAGAUGGACUUAUUAAAGCAGAGGUCCGAGAACAGAUAUCAUACAUCCUCCUGAGAAAACAUCGUCACCAAACCAAGAAACCCAUCCAUCGCUCUCUGGUUGACAUUGGGAAAUCAUCAACAGCAUCGUCAGCUCGCAGUCCCAACCGAAUCCCUGGUAUUGGGACAAACUUUUACCGCUCUACUGAAGACUUGGGACUGAGGCAGGCUGCCAGUUAUGGAUGGCUACGUCGUGCUCAAAGCAGAAGCAUGAAUGACAUUGCAGAUACUCCCAGCACAGAUCAGCUCAAGAACAAGUUCAAAAAGAAAAUACCUCGCGACUCUGAAGCUUCAAAUAUCCUUGUGGGUGAAGUCGACUUUCUGGAUAAGCCAUUCGUAGCUUUUGUCCGUCUUUUGCAGUCAACGAUGUUGGGUGGGCUGACAGAAGUGGCAGUUCCAACAAGGUUUAUUUUUAUUCUUUUGGGUCCUCAAGGGAAAGGCAAAUCUUAUAGCGAAAUAGGAAGAGCCAUGGCGACACUGAUGGUCGAUGAUCUCUUCAGUGAUGUGGCUUAUAAAGCAAGAGACAGAAAUGACUUGAUUGCUGGCAUUGAUGAAUUCCUUGAUGAAGUCAUUGUCCUGCCUCCCGGUGAAUGGGAUCCCAAGAUCAGGAUCGAGCCACCCAAGAAAGUCACACCAGCUGAGAAAAGGAAAUCUGUUUACUCUCUGAAUGAGGCCGGGCAGAUGAAUGGUUCAGCAGGAGGUGGAGGAGGAAGUGAUGAUGAAGAAAUGCCAGCACCUCAUGAACUUGGGGAAGAGUUGAUGUGGACAGGAAGGUUUUGUGGAGGGCUGAUACUAGAUAUCAAAAGGAAACUUCCCUGGUUGCCCAGUGAUUUCUAUGAAGCAUUCCACAUUCAGUCUGUUUCCACCAUUCUCUUCAUCUACUUGGGCUGUAUCACCAAUGCCAUCACCUUUGGAGGAUUGUUGGGGGAUGCAACAGACAAUUAUCAGGGUGUAAUUGAAAGUUUUCUAGGCACUGCGUUCACAGGUGCUGUAUUCUGCUUAUUCGGUGGACAGCCUCUCACUAUCCUUAGUAGUACAGGUCCAAUCCUCAUCUUUGAAAAACUUCUGUUUGACUUCAGCAAAAGUAAUGAUUUGGACUACCUUGAAUUCCGGCUCUGGAUUGGUCUCCAUUCUGCCCUUCAAUGCCUUCUUCUAGUUGCCACGGAUGCCAGUUUCAUCAUUAAGUACAUCACACGUUUUACAGAGGAAGGCUUCUCCAUGCUUAUCAGCCUCAUCUUCAUCUAUGACGCCAUCAAAAAAAUGAUUGGGGCCUUCAAAUACUACCCCAUCAAUUCUGGCUACAAUCCAGACUAUGUGACCAUGUACAAGUGUGAAUGUGCGGCUCCAGAUUCAGUGAAUACAACUCUGUUCAAUGCUUCAGAUUCACUGGCUCUGAAUAACACUAACAUUUCUUUGUAUAAUAUUGUCAAUACAACAGCACUGGACUGGAGUCAACUCAGCAAGAAGGAAUGCCUCACAUACGGGGGGAGCCUGGUUGGAAAAUCCUGCAAGUAUGUUCCAGAUCUAGCCCUAAUGUCUUUUAUCCUCUUUUUUGGCACAUACUCCCUGACUGUGACCCUCAAGAAAUUCAAGUUUAGUCGCUACUUUCCAACCAAGAUCCGAAGCCUGAUCACAGACUUUUCUACAGUAAUCUCCAUUCUUGUUUUCUGUGGAAUUGAUGCUGCAGCCGGACUGGAUACACCCAAACUGCAUAUCCCCAGUGAAAUCAAGCUCCGGAAACUUAUCAGUGACUUUUCUAUCUUCACGUCUAUUCUGAUUUUUGUUGGGAUUGAUGUUCUUUUUGGACUGAACACACCAAAACUUCAAGUGCCUACUGAGCUAAAGCCAACCCGUUCAGAUCGAGGCUGGUUUGUUCUUCCCUUUGGUAAAAAUCCCUGGUGGAUCUAUCUUGCCAGUGCUUUACCUGCUCUCCUAGUAACUAUAUUGAUCUUCAUGGACCAACAAAUCACAGGGGUAAUUGUGAACAGGAAGGAGCACAAAUUGAAGAAAGGAGCUGGUUACCAUUUGGAUCUGUUCUGGGUUGGUCUUUUACUGGCGAUUUGUUCUUUUACGGGUCUGCCAUGGUAUGUGGCAGCAACUGUUAUAUCUAUCGCUCACAUUGAUGGUUUAAAAAUGGAAACGGAAACCAGCGCACCAGGAGAGCAACCACAGUUUCUUGGCGUCAGGGAGCAAAGGGUUACUGGUAUUGUUGUGUUCAUCCUGACAGGAAUAUCUGUAUUUCUGGCUCCAAUUCUGAAGUUCUGUACACCUCAAGACCAAUCUCAAUUUGUUGCAGUGGAUUCUUUCCAGUUCUGGAAAGUCAAACUGAAGCAUUAA